GACCUCGAAAGGGGGUAGUCGCCUAAACACGGUGGAUUCUAUAAAGAGCACCCAUAGGAUAUGUUUUCAGGAUCUCACAUGGAGUUUGCCCCAGGAUGAUCUUUGCCAUCGAUCAGAGCAGAAGGCCUUAAGGUUAAAUGCUUCUAAGCCAAAGUGUCCCCCGAGUGGCAAUCCUACUGAGAAGAAAAA